CACGCCUCUUCUAUUUUGCAGCGCUGGGAUGGAGCCGUGGUGGGGCCCUUGCUCAGCUCAGCCCACCCACCCCCUUCCUGCUGCUGCCGGACCAGGGCCGGCUGCCUUCCUCUGAGGCCAUCUGAAGGGGAGCUGGCAGGAGAAGAGCCGCUUUUAAGAUGACACGAACGGACCCACCUGACAUCCUGGUGUCUACGGUGUACCAAGACAUAAAGGUGGCCACCGCAGCCCCCAGGGAUUCAAUUGUCUGCCAGCCCCUGGCACAAUGUGAUGCCUCCAUGUCCUCGUCCCUGCCCCGCGAGCCGCAGCCCUUCAACAAGCGCCAUUGCAGGAGCUUUGACUUCCUCGAGUCGCUGGACGAGCAGCUGGGCACCCCCCCAGCCAUGGAGCGCCCCUGCCCGCGCCCCGGCACCCCCGAACCCACGCCGGGGCCGCCAGGCAGGCGGGUGCCGCCAAAACCAAACCCUUAUGGUGGCAGAGCCCCCCAGCCGAGGAGCGAGCCGAAGCGGCGCACCCGCUCCAAGAGCGCACCACGGGUGAAGUCCACCUUCACCCCAGUGCCCAUCGCCGUCUCGGCAUCACCACCACCGGCCCGGCGCGGGCGGGAGGCGCUGCGGGUGGCACGGGAGCCCUCCCGCCCUGAGCCCUCGCCGCGCCGCGAGAGCCAGGUUCCCCUGCGGGCACUGGCCAACGAGGUGCACCCCAUCAAGCUGCAGCCACAGCGCAGCAGCGUCAGCCGCAUCUCCCCGCUCUGCCUGGGCAACAACUGCUUCGAGGAGGGGCCGGGUGCCAAGGUGGUGGGUGCCAGCCCCCACGUGAAGUGCCGGGUGGACAUCAAGCCGGAUGAGGCGGUGCUGGUACAUACGGCGCGCAGCCUGCGGGCGGCCCAGAACCGGCAGGAACCACCACGCUGGCCCCGCACACCUGGGGCUGCCCGCAGCUUGGCAGUGCCAGGGAGCAGGCAGGUCUCCAUGUCCCGCACACCCACCCCCAGCGACUCCUACAGCGGGGACCCUCCGCUCCUGCCCUACCCUGGCGAGUACUACGAGGCAGACCCCCGGGUGCUGGCGUACCAGACAGUGCCGGUGCCAGCCUCACGGGAAUUCAGGGAGUACCCCGAGAGGGGCUGCAUGACCUUCUCAGCCCCCGGCGUCCCCGCCAAGUUCUUCUACGCGGAGGAGCCAGCGCGGUGCCCCAGCCCUGCCAUGCCCCUCCGCAGCUCCGGUUACGCCAGCUACCCCUACCCUGCCCGCCACAGCAUCCCACAGCACUUUUAUGCCGAGGACCCGGCCAAAGCCGCCGUCCACACGGUGCCACCCCGGACGUUGUACGUGGAGGAGGCACGGGGCUACCCGGUGCAGGAGGCGCCCGCCCGUGCCUUCUAUGGGGAUGAGCCCCGCUUCUACGCCCCCCGCGGCACCCCCGUCAAAACCCUCUACUCCGAGGACACUCGGACGUACCCGGCCCUCGGUUCCUCUGCCCGGGUCUUCUACACUGAGGACUAUGGCAAGUACCGGGAGCGGGAGGUGCUGUCGCGGACGUGCCCCCCGCCCCGCAGCACCCAGCCCUUGCACUUCAGCGACUGGUACGGCUCCGAGCGGGGCGCGCUGCCAUACCAGACCUUGCAGGUGUCACGCUUCACCCCGCAGCCCUCCGGGCGCGAGGCCAUGCUCUCCUCCUGGCACGCCAGCUACGGCGUAACCCCCCCACGGCUGGGCCGGGAGAGCCAGCACUACUCCAAAUCCUGGGAUAACAUCCUGGCGCCGGGGGCGCGCAGGGAGGAGGUCCUGCAGCGCGGGCGCAGCUACGAGAACCUGCUCGCCCAGGAGCCGCACCGUGCCUUAUCCCCCGAGGAGCGCCGGCAGCCGGUGGUGAUCAACCUCUCCAGCUCGCCCAAGCGCUACGCUGCCCUGUCCCUCUCUGAGAGCUCCAUCCUCGAGAGGGUGCAUGCCGACGGUGGCCGCGGUCCCCCAGGCCGCUCCUGGUAUGUCACACCAGAGAUCACCAUCACCGACAACGACAUCCGUGCCGAGGGGCUGGGCAGGAGCGAGAGGCGCUCGGCCAGCUGGGACAUGCUGGACGCAGGGCGGGAGCGCGGUCCCUACGCCGUGCCCUGCGCCCCGCAGCCUGUCCCCAGGGAGAGCGGCUCGGGGCGCCAGCGCAGCCUGGAGCAACUGGACGAGCUCAUCACUGACCUUGUCAUUGACUACAAGCCGGCACCAGGCCACCGUGCUGGGGACAGGGACAGCCUCGCUGAGCAGCUCAAGCAGCUCCUGAGCAGCAGCGCCCCGGGACCCCCCCACCGGGCCGAGGGCAGGAGGGUCCCCCCUGGUGUGCCUGAGGGACCCCGACCCACCAAGGAGCAGCCAGGUCCCAGUUCCCGCGGCAGCGCCCCGCGCCCCCCACCAGCCCCGCUGCCCGUUGGCCCCUUCGAGAAGUCGCCAGAGAACUGCUCGCCUGACCUGAGCGCGGAGGAGGACGACAUGAUGAUGUGCUCCAACGCCAAGUGCCGGCGCACAGAGACCAUGUUCAACGCCUGCCUCUACUUCAAGUCGUGCCACAGCUGCUACACCUACUACUGCUCCCGGCACUGCCGCCGCGAGGACUGGGACACGCACAAGGAGAGCUGCGUCUACGGGCGCGUGGGCAGCGUCUGCCGCCACGUCCUGCAGUUCUGCCGGGAGAACGCCGAGGUACACAAGGCCUUCUCGCGCAUUGCCAAGGUGGGCUACCUCUCUCGUGGCCGUGGCGUCCUCUUCCUGGGCUUCCCCAACGCCGGCUCAGCCGAAAACUUCCUCCAGUUCGGGCUGGAGAGCCUGCUGAUGUCCCCCACUUACCUGUCCUUGCGGGAGCUGGAAAGCUACUCGGACAACCUGGGGGAGUAUGCCCGGGAGCUGCGGGAGACGGGCAACCAGUAUGACCCCGACGAAUGUUUUCUCCUGAAUGUAACCGUGGCCGUCACCCAAAAAGUGCCGGAGAGGCCAUCGCCAAAGAUGCAGGUGCCAACAGUCAGGAAAUACGCCAAGGUGGCCUUAGCCUCCUCCAGCCCUGAGAAGAAGAUCCUGAAGAAGGAGCGGGACAUGGAGACGUUGAUCCUGACACCGCCGCCUGGCACAGCAGACAUCGACAAGGAGGGGGAGGAGGGCCGCAAGGCGCGGGAGGUCUGCUUCAUCAACAUCCAGCGGGAGCUGCGCAUCCGCGGCGUCUUCCUGCGGCACGAGUUCCCUGCUGUCUACGAGCAGCUCUGCGACUUCGUGGAGAGCAACAAGCGCUUCACCCCCACCACCAUCUACCCCAUCGACAAGAGGACGGGCAAACAGUUCAUGUGCAUGAUCAUGGCAGCCUCUGAGCCCCGCACCCUUGACUGGGUGGCCAGCCCCAACCUCCUGGAUGACAUCAUGUGAAUGUGGGGUGGGGACCCCCCCGGCACCCCUGGGUCACCCCCCUUUGUAGAUAGGUGUUACCCUGUCGGCACAGAGGGACAGGGAUCCCCUCUCGGAUGUGGCACCGAGGGGAGGAGGCUGUGACGGGCUGGGGGGGCUGGUGUCAGCUGGGGUGUGCAGCAGCCAGAGCAGCGUGGGGGGGUGAGCUAGGGGAGGCCAUGGGGUGACGGGAGCAGGGGCUGAGGUGUUCCGUGGGGCACAAGUCCCAGCCAGUGCCCUGGCAGGACCCCACAGAACCCUCUGGGGGUGAGUGGUGCUUGGCCAGGCUGGGGGCACCCUGGGUACCCCCAGCCUCUGCCCAUCAUGCCGCCUGCACACUGCGAGCUCCCCACGCACUGCCCAGCUCCAGGGGUCUCAUGGGCACUGCUGGUGGCCCCACGGUGGUCCCACAGUGGCCCCAUAGGCUUCGUGGGCGGGAACUGGGUUGCAGAAGAUCUCUGUUCUGUAGCGUCUGUGUCCUCAGCAUGUCACUGCAUGGUCCUUGGGCGCAGCGGGGACCCUGGGAGGGUGGGUUAAAGCCCCCUCGUGCGCCCCCAGGGCCCCGUAUGGUCCCCGGGCACGGGGUCUGUCCCUGCAGGCGGGGCUGGGGGUCCCUGGAUGCUGACAGGGGUGCGGGGCCGUGCCCGUGCCGGGCACCAAGCCAGGCCUGGCUCGGGUAGGGAGGCGGUGGACAGCCAAGUGUCGCCGGGGAGCCCGGCCACGGUGCCGCGGUGCCGCGGGCUCGGGGCCUGCCCGGGGCUGGCACGGCGGCAGAGGGGCAGCGGGGAGCGGACGAUGG